AUGAUCUUCCAGGCCGUGACCCUCACCAUCCUUCUCUACGCUUGCGAGGCCUGCACUUUCUAUAAUCUGGACAUCAUACAUCUAGAACGGUUCCAGCAAACAAAGCCCCGAAGAAUCCGUUGCAUCAUGUGGGAGUUCCUUAUCACCAACAACAAAGCUCUCUCUCGGACGUCUCUCCCCAGCAUCGAGGUAUAUCUAGCUUGUUCCUUCAAGAAUCUUCAGAUACUUCCUCCAGGUAUCUCUAUACUCUUUCUCCAAGACCCUCCAUAUUCUUCGUCCAUGUUUCUCUGGAUUCUUCCUAAGAUCUCUUCAGAUUCUUUCUCAAAGACCCUCCAUAUUCUUCGUCCAUGUUUCUCUGGAUUCUUCCUAAGAUCUCUCCAGGUUCUUCCUACAGGUUUCUUUACUUUCUCUUUCCUACAUUUCUUCACUUUUCUUUCCUUUCUUUUCUCUUUCGUUCUUCCAUGCUUUUUCCUUUCUUUCUUUCUUUCUUUCUUUCUUUCUUUCUUUCUUUCUUUUGUUCUUUCUUUCUUUCCUAAUAUUCUUUCUUUCUUAGCUUUCUUCCCUUUUUUCUUACUGAUCUUUCCUACAUUUUUCUCUUUGCCCUUUUUCUUCCCAGUUUCUCGCGUUCUUUCUUUCUUUCCUUCUUUCUUUCUUUCUUUCUUUCUUUUCGUGCAUGCUUUCUAUGCGUAA